GCCAAAUUUAGCGGCGAUUUCUCCAAACACUCAAAUAAAUCAAAACGACACUCAUUAUUUCUCUUUUAAAUCCUCUGAACACGUCGUUUCUUCGUCUAUAGAUUCUCUUUCUACAAAUUUGCUUUCCUUUCGUUCAUCUCUAGCAAUGGCUCAGGUGGUUGCUACGCGUUUGAUUCAGAGUUCCUUUUUGUGCCCUAGCUCUGGAUCCAUGCAAGAGCGAGCUGAGAAGUUGAAGCCUCAGAGCUUUGCCUCUAAAGUGUUGGCACGUGAGGAGAAGCGCAAACUUAAUUUUGUUCUUAAAAGUACUCAAAUCUCUGCCAAGAGAUCCACGCAUACUGAUUCUCAAGUGAUUCCUGUGUCACCUGAGGAUGUACCUAAGAAGGAGGAGCACUUUCAGCAUUUCGAUGGCCUUCAACAAUUAGGUGACACAUCAGUGGGCAUGUGGACCAAACCAACAGUCAGACGUAAGACGAAGAUUGUUUGCACAAUUGGUCCUUCAACCAACACAAGAGAAAUGAUAUGGAAGUUGGCUGAGGCUGGAAUGAAUGUUGCUCGUAUGAAUAUGUCCCAUGGAGACCAUGCAUCUCAUCAGAGAGUUAUUGAUUUGGUCAAAGAAUAUAAUGCACAGUCCAAAGACAAUGUUAUUUCAAUUAUGCUUGAUACAAAGGGCCCAGAGGUUAGGAGUGGGGAUUUACCACAACCAAUCAAUUUAACAACUGGGCAGGAAUUCACUUUUACAAUUCGCAGAGGGGUUGGCACAGCUGAUUGUGUCAGUGUCAACUACGAUGAUUUUGUUAAUGAUGUAGAAGUGGGUGACAUGCUACUUGUUGAUGGUUAG